AUGGUUGACGUACGACUGCCACUGAACACCGGUGCAACUAUUCCUGCCCUAGGUUUAGGCACAUGGCAGAGUCCCAAAGGCGAAGUGCGGGCGGCGGUAGCUCACGCUAUCCAGUCCGGCUACCGGCAUAUUGAUGCUGCAUAUGUGUAUGGGAAUGAAGAAGAAGUCGGUCAGGGGAUCAAAGAGGGUCUGGCUGCAACAGGGAUAUCCAGAAGUGACCUGUUCAUUGUCACGAAACUCUGGUGCUCAUAUCAUACGAGAGUGGAGCAGAAUCUCGACAUCAGCCUGAAGCUUCUGGGCCUUGACUAUGUGGACCUCUAUCUCAUGCACUGGCCCGUCGCCCUGAAUCCGAACGGCAACGACGAGAAAUUUCCUAAACUGCCCGAUGGGUCAAGAGACCUCCUCCGAGACAGAUCUCAUGUCGACACGUACAAGGACAUGGAGAAACUGCUUAAAACCGGAAAGGCAAAAGCCAUCGGGGUGGCAAACUAUUCGAAGCGGUAUCUCGAACAGCUCUUGCCCAAGGUGGAUAUUGUUCCUGCAGCCAACCAAAUAGAGAACCACCCACUUCUGCCCCAGCAAGAGAUCGUGGAUUUUUGCAAAGAGAAGGGCAUCCACGUCACGGCCUACAGUCCCCUCGGCAGUACCGGAAGCCCUCUCAUGAAAGAUCCCCACGUCGUAAAACUGGCGGAGCACAAAGGAGUCACCCCAGGCUCCAUCCUGCUGAGCUAUCACAUUGCCCGAGGCAGCUCUGUGCUCGCCAAGUCGGUCACGCCAUCGCGCAUCGACGAGAACAAGAACAUCGUUGACCUCUCGGAAAGCGAUCUUGCGUCUCUGGCAGAAAUAUCCAAGAAGGGCGUCACUCGAUUCGUCUACCCGGAAUUUGGCGUUGAUUUUGGUUUCCCAGACAAAUCCUGA